UGCUCACCAGUGGGAGCUCCAACAGGGGAGUUUCCCAGGUUCUCUCACUUAACCCAUUAUAUCACUUUUGUAAUAUAACUUAUGCUCUGUUCAGACGUCCAUGAAGUAGGCAGCAUGAUGUGGGUGCUCUUGGGCAGAUACCUGUUGGAGCUGAAGAGGAGGCUUUUAGAUAGGUUACUUGGUAAAGAUUUCCUAGGAAGGCAUUUCUUGCUCUGCAGCCACUAAAUUUCUAAUUUUUUUGCUUAUUUCUAAAAUUUAGUGUGAUUUUAAAUGGUUAUUCAUGUAUAGUGAAUGGAAGCCCAAGCUCUGGGGACAUCUUGGUCAUAACAUGACACCUGAUGAUGAAGGGAAAUGGAACCUUUUCUUGGUUCAGCAAAGCUUCGGGCUGUGAGUCUAAGUUCACAGGACUGGCAUCUCUGAGGGAAGCCUUCACAUGUGCCUUCCAGAUUCUCUUUUUCCUUUUCAGGAGGCAAGACUCCAGGUGAGAUGGAGAAUCUGCAGGAAGUGGCACUAAGGUACCUGCCACAGGAAGAGAUUUUCUGCCCACAAACUUGGCAACAAGUAACUCAGGAGUUAACCAGAUGUCAUGAUUCUGUGGCAGAUAUUCAAAGAACUGGCUCCCAGUGGAAGAAACAGGGUCACACCCUCUGUAAAGAUGAGUUCAGCAAAGGCUUUAGUCAGAGUUCACAGCUUCUCAUGCAGUACAGAGUCCAUGCUGGUGACACACGCUGCAGAGGGGAGGCGUGUGAGAAGGGCUUUGUCUGGGACACUCCUCUUCAAGUCAAGCCAAGGGCCUGUGCAGGAGAGAAGCCCUACAAAUGUGAAAAAUGCAAUCACACUUUCCGUCGACAUUCAAGUCUUCAGGCCCAUGAGAGAGUCCACAGCGGAGAGAAGUCAGGCAGAUCGGAUGCUUCCUGUAAAGGUUUUGACCAGAUGUCACACACUCACCAUCCUCAGAGAGUCCUCACUGGAGAGAAUGCAUACAAAUAUGAAGGAUGUGGGAGGAGCAUCGGGAGAAAGUCAUAUUGUCAAGCUCCUUCGACAGGCCGUGCAGGGAAGAAGCCCUACAUAUGUGAGGAGUGUGGGGUAGACUUCAGCGAGCGCUCAUGUCUCCAGGCCCAUCAGAGGGUCCACACUGGGAGAAAACCUUACAGAUGUGAGGACUGUGGCAAGGGUUUCAGUUGGCAGUCACGCCUGCAGGCCCAUCAGCGAAUCCAUACUGGGGAGAAACCAUACAAAUGCGAUGCAUGCGGCAAGGGCUUCAGUUAUAGUUCACACCUGAGCAUUCAUUGUAGAAUCCACACGGGUGAGAAACCCUAUAAAUGUGAAGAGUGUGGGAAGGGAUUCAGUGUGGGUUCACACCUUCAGGCACAUCAGGUAAGCCACACUGGAGAGAAACCCUACCAAUGCGAGGAGUGUGGCAAGGGCUUCUGUCGGGCCUCAAACCUUCUGGACCAUCAGAGAGGCCACUCUGGAGAGAAACCUUAUCAUUGUGAUGUGUGUGGGAAGGGCUUCAGUCGUAGUUCUGAUUUUAACAUUCAUUUCAGAGUCCAUACAGGAGAAAAACCCUAUAAAUGUGAGGAGUGUGGGAAAGGCUUCACGCAGGCCUCCAAUCUUCUGGCCCAUCAGAGAGGUCACACUGGAGAAAAACCAUACAAAUGUUCUACCUGUGGGAAAGGCUUCAGCCGGAGCUCCGAUCUUAACGUGCAUUGUAGGAUCCAUACAGGAGAGAAACCCUAUAAGUGUGAGAAAUGUGGUAAGGCCUUCAGCCAGUUCUCAAGUCUCCAAGUCCACCAGAGAGUCCACACUGGGGAAAAACCGUAUCAGUGUGCAGACUGCGGGAAGGGAUUCAGUGUGGGCUCACAGCUGCAAGCGCAUCAGAGGUGCCACACUGGAGAGAGACCCUACCAAUGUGAGGAGUGUGGCAAGGGAUUCUGUCGGGCCUCGAAUUUUCUGGCUCACUCAGGAGUCCACACAGGAGAAAAGCCAUACCGAUGUGAUGUGUGUGGGAAGCGCUUCCGACAGAGAUCCUACCUUCAGGCCCACCAGAGGGUCCACACGGGAGAGAAGCCCUACAGAUGUGCGGAGUGUGGGAAGGGCUUCAGCUGGAGCUCGUACCUACAAGCCCAUCAGCGAGUGCACACGGGAGAAAAGCCCUACAAAUGUGAGGUGUGUGGCAAGGGCUUCAGCUGGAGCUCGAGUCUUGUAAUUCAUCAGCGGGUCCAUGCUGCGGAUGUGGGUGACAAGGACUUUCCUUCAGAGGAGUCCUAGCAGGAAAUGAGCUCUGUAAAGUUACAUAUGUGAGUGUGUCACGUGGGUGCUGAAUGAUUCCAAUGAUCAGAAAGGGGGCAAAACAUUGGAUGCCUAAAGGGGUCAAAGGUUAGCCAGAGCUUAACAUGUCACCUCAGACAAGCUUUGUUGAGAGUGGAGACAGACAAAUCAUUCAGAAUCUUGACAUUGACACUGAAAGGGUGUCUGAUGUGGAGUUAACCUAGGAAUGCCAAACGUCUGUUCCACUAGAAGAUGCACUCCACCUAGAGGGCUCGGGGCGUGGCUGACUGCCAAAUUUACUAUGUCUUUUCAGUGCCUAACACAUUGUGUGCUUUUAAUAAUUGUCAAAUGAGUAAAAACAUUUGAUGUUUUGUUCAGUUUAUCAUUAAAGAUUUCUUUAAUUUUCCUGAGAAGGAAAAUUCCGCAAAGCUUAGAAGACAUAAAAGUUUGACAUAACAAGCUCAUCUCCCCAACUGUGUAGGUCCUGUGAGCUAAUGUUUAUUCUCGUGGU